CUCCAUCAGAGUAAAGAAGGUGGUCAGUGUGGAGGAAACUUCAGCCUUAUUCCGCAUCUUAAUCUGAACAAGAAGACUUCUACCGAGGUAAAACCGUGGGAGUGCAGCGCGUGUGGAAAAGUCUUUAUGCGCCAUUCAUCCCUUAAUAGGCAUAAGAGAUCUCACACUUCGCCAAAGCCAUACCAGUAUCAGGAGUAUGGAAAAAAGCCUUAUAAAUGUAAAGAGUGUGGAAAAGCUUUCAGUUAUCUCCAGCCUUUUCAAAAACACGAAAGGACUCACACCGGAGAGAAGCCCUAUCAGUGUAAACAGUGUGGAAAGGCCUUUAGAUAUCAUCAGACCUUUCAGACACAUGAAAGGACGCACACGGGGGAGCAGCCCUAUCAGUGCAAGCAGUGCGGGAAAGCCCUCAGCUGUCCCAGCUCCUUUCGAAGUCAUGAAAGGACUCACACGGGAGAGAAACCUUACGAAUGUAAAAAGUGUAGUAAAGCCUUCAGUUGUCCCAGCUCUCUUCGAAAACAUGAGAGAACUCACACCGGAGAGAAACCCUAUGACUGUAAGGAAUGCGGGAAAGCCUUCAUUUCUCUCGGGAGCUUUCAAAGACACAUGAUCACACACACUGGAGUCGGACCUUAUAAAUGUAAGGAGUGCGGGAAGGCAUUCAGCUGUCCCAGUUCGUAUCGAAUACAUGAAAGAUCUCACACCGGAGAGAAACCCUACGAAUGUAAGCAGUGUGGUAGAGCCUUUAGUUGUUCCAGUUCCUUCCGAACACACGAAAGAACUCACACUGGCGAGAAACCCUAUCAGUGUAAAGAAUGCGGAAAAGCCUUCCAUUGGCUCACCACGUUUCAAGUGCAUGUGAGAACUCACACUGGAGAGAAGCCCUAUAUAUGUAAGCUGUGCGGGAAAGCCCUCAGUUGUCCCACGUCCUUCCGAAGACACGAAAGGACUCACACCGCAGAGAAGCCCUAUGAAUGUAAACAGUGUGGGAAGACCUUCAGCUCUCCUCUGGGUUUGCAAAUACACGGGAGAACUCACACUGGCGAGAAACCCUAUAAAUGUGAGGAAUGUGGGAAGGCCUUCGUCUCCCUCACCAGUUUUCGCAGACAUAUGAUGACACACACUGGAGACGGACCUUAUAAAUGUAAGGAAUGUGGGAAAGCCUUCAAUUGUCCCAGCUCCUUCCGGAUACACGAAAGAACUCACACGGGAGAGAAACCCUAUGAAUGUAAAAUAUGCAGUAAAGCCUUCAGUUGUUCAAGUUAUGUUCAGGUACAUGAAAGAACUCACACGGGAGAGAAACCCUAUGAAUGUAAGGAAUGCGGGAAAGCCUUCAUUUAUCGUACAACCUUUCGAGGACACAUGAGAGUGCACACGGGAGAGAAACCUUAUAAAUGUAAAGAAUGUGGGAAAGCCUUCAGUCGACCCAGUUCGUUUAGAAGCCAUGAAAGAAUUCACACUGGAGAGAAACUUCUUGAAUGUAAACACUGUGGGAAAGCCUUCAAUUGGCCCACAUCCUUACACAAACAUGUGAUGAGAAUGCACACAAGAUAG